AUGCCUCUCGGAGUGGGAAGCAGAGCUCUCAAAUCAGAAGUAGAGGUCGCGCAGGCCGAAAUGCCUCGCCUCGAGGAGGUCAAUUGGUGGCGUGAGCCAGGGCUUCGUCGACUCUACUUCUGGGCCUCUGUUCUUUGUGUUGCAUCAGCCACUACGGGCUAUGAUGGAAUGAUGCUGAAUACCUCUCAAAAUUUGGACUCAUGGCAAAAGUUCUUUGGGACACCUUCAGGCUCUCAGCUGGGCCUGAUGAAUGCUGUCUAUCAAAUCGGCAGUUUGGCUAGUUUCCCAUUCGUUCCACUCAUGGCCGAUCGCUGGGGCCGAAAACUUCCCAUCAUCAUCGGGUGUGUGCUCAUGAUUCUCGGUGGACUUUUAGGCGCCUUCUGCAAGGACUACGGGAUGUACGUCGCUGGUCGUCUCUUCCUUGGCUUCGGAAACAGUCUGGCCCAGAUGGCCUCGCCUGUUCUUCUUACCGAGAUUUGCCAUCCCCAACAUCGAGGCAAGGUGACGAGUAUCUACAACUGUCUUUGGAACCUGGGUGCCUUGGUUGUCGCGUGGAUCGCUUGGGGCACAAUGUACAUCCACGGAGACUGGUCAUGGCGAAGCUUAACCAUCCUUCAAGUCUUCCCCGCUGUAAUCCAGCUCGCUCUCAUCUGGUGGGUCCCCGAGUCUCCCCGAUGGUUGGUCUCGCAGGAGCGAUAUGAUGAAGCCCUUGAUAUCCUCGCCUACUACCAUGGUAACGGCAACCAAUACAACUCCACCGUUCAGUUCGAAUUCCGCGAGAUCAAGGAGACCAUCCGCCUGGAAAUGAUCAUUCAAAAGAACAGUAGCUAUCUGGACUUUAUGAAGACCCGAGGUAACCGCUAUCGAUUGGCCAUCCUUGUCUCGCUGGGUAUUAUCUCGCAGUACAGUGGAAAUGCCCUGUUCAGCAACUACACCAGUCUGAUCUACAACAGUAUGGGCAUCACUGAUCAGACCAAGAAAAUUCCACUGAAUGGUGGUCAGACACUCCUGAGUCUCGUAGUCAGUAUAGGCAGUGCAUUCUUUGUGGAUCGGAUUGGUCGCCGUCCUCUAUUCCUAAUCUCCACCGCUGGCAUGGUGCUCAUGUUCUUAGCCUGGACGGUCACGUCUUCGGUCUAUGAGAAGACCCAGGACGUCAAAUCUUCUGGUUAUCCACAGGUCGUCUUUGUGUGGCUUUUCUCCGUCUUCUACGCCAUCGCCUGGUCGGGUCUCUUGGUCGCCUAUUCUCUCGAGAUCCUUCCCUAUCGCCUGCGUGCCAAGGGCAUCAUGAUUAUGAACUUGACAGUGCAGGCUUCUUUGAUUCUCGGAAAUUACACCAAUCCAAUCGCCUGGGAGAAUUUGCCUCACCACUGGAAUCUCUCACUCAUCUAUACGAUCUGGAUUUUCAUUGAGCUUGUCUUUGUCUACUUCUUCUAUGUGGAGACCCGCGGGCCUACCCUUGAGGAGCUGGCCAAGAUCUUUGAUGGUGAUGAUGCCGCCAUCGCCCACAUUGACCUAGAUGAAGUUGAAAAAGAUAUAGACGAGGAUGCCAGGAGGCUGGUCUUUCGCCGACCGUAUUAG